GUACCUAUCUCUGUCAUGGUACUGUGUGUCAGAGGCUCUACCCCCCCCACCCCCCCCUCCAUUGCUGACUUGUCAGAUUACUGCGUCUUCAGGUGGGAUGCCUGUUUUAAUUUUUUCCUCCCAUGUUCCAAGAAGUCAUGUAUAUUGUAUGCCUUUUUUCUUUUCUUUUUUUUACUUUUUACUGCUUGUUUUUAAAAACUUCACAAUAAAAAAAAAAGUAUUGAGAUUUCUGUUUGAUUCUUAUUUGAAUAUUUCUGCUAGUCUGGGUAUUAGCUGCAGUCUUAGUGCAAUAAAUAGAGAAGUUUGACCCCAACAAACACAUUGUGUAGCCAAUCAUUCGCGGGUAGGUUCAGAUUGGAUCGAUGUUCACAUAGGCCAAUCAGGGUGCUUCUUCUGAGACCGAGUAGCCUAUUGGAAGACCAGACACUUGCAUGGGAAAUUCGGUCGCGGGGAACACUACAGUGGAAAAUGGCGCCCAGCUCGAAAACAGAGAAGGACGGCAAACAAAAACUGCAGCGAAAACACAAAGAACAUGUUGUCAAGCUUCUUAAUCGUGGCAAGUUGUCGGGCCAGUAUUCUCAGCGGUUGUUCCGGAAACUACCGCCCCGAGUCUGUGUUCCCCUGAAGAACAUUGUCAGCGAGGAGUUCCUCCGAGCGGGACACAUCUUCCUAGGGUUCACGAAGUGUGGUCGCUAUGUGCUGUCCUACACCAGUGACUGUGGAGAGGAUGAUGACUUCUCCUUCUACACCUACCAUCUCUACUGGUGGGAGUUCAAUCUGCACAGUCGGCUCAAACAGGUACACCAUGUGCGCCUGUUCUCAGGCGAGGAUAUCUACAGUGACCUCUACCUGACCGUGUGUGAGUGGCCCAACGACCACUCCAAGAUCGUCAUCUUCGGUUUCAAUACGCGUAGCUCCAGCACGGUGUUGAUGAACCUGAUGAUGAGCGACGAGAACAACAGGGACAUCUACAUCACCAUCGCCUCCAUGCCCCCACCUCAGCCCUGCUCCCAGUGCUGCCCUGCCAGUGCCUCCAGCGUACGCACAGGGGGCGGAGUCUGCCUGGAACACGGCUACGUGUUGAACAGUCGCUACCAGGUGGUCUACCCGUUCCCCACCUUCCAGCCUGCCUUCCAACUGAAGAAGGACCAGGUCAUUCUCCUGAACACCUCCUAUUCUCUGGUGGCAUGCUCCGUCUCCCUCUGUUCAGGUGAGCAGGGUGAGUCGUCCCAGAUCUUGUUCAGGAGGAGAGCGUCUGCCCCGCCCUCAGGACAUCAGCCUCCUCCGUCACCCUCCUUCUCGUCCUCCUCCUCCUCCUCUCAUGGUUCCCCUCACAGACGCUCGUCCACCGCCAAGCCAAGCCCCGCCCCUCUCUCCCCUGGUCAGUCCCAGGCCGCCGCCCGGGCCCGAGAGUUUGCCGCCGACCUGUUCAGACGUGCCCAGGGGGGAGGGACUGAGAAGGAGGGGGGAGAGAGGAGAGGAAAAACUCAGGCAGGAGAAGGUGGUGAGACGGGCAAGCAGGGAGAGAGCGAGAGGGCCGGAGAACGGACGGAGGAGGCGCAAACUGACCAGCUAAACCUCCUGCCACAGCCCUCCGCUUCCGCCGGCAACCGCGCCCCGCAUUCUCCCCCGUCGCACCGGGACCCCGCUCCGUGCGGCGCGGCGACGUCCCCGGCGCGCUCCUCCUCGCCCCCGCCCGCCCCUCAGUGUGGUCAGGACGGGGGCGGCAUAGAGCCCGGCUACGUCAACUACACACGCCUGCAGUACUGUAUGCAGCAGCCGGGGGCGCCGGAGCAGGACGCGGGAGGUUAUGAGGACGACAAGGUGCAGCUGCCGUUCAGCGUGACAGACCUGAAGGGGCGCAGCCUGCUGCUGGUUCCUGGGGCCCACAGUGGACAGAGUGUGUGUGUUGAGCAGCUCACUCUGGACUUUGAGUAUCUGAUCAACGAGGUGAUCCGAAAUGACGCGCGCUGGGCCCCUCAGUUCUGCUCCUUCAGCGACUACGAUGUUGUUAUUCUGGAGGUGUGUCCAGAGACCAACACCGUGGUGAUCAACAUCGGUCUGCUGCUGCUGGCCUUUUCCAACGCUGAGGAGGAACACUGCAGACCCAACACCUACCACUCCAGCCUGCAGGUGAGCUGGGACCUCAACACUGGUGUGUGUUGCACUGUCGGGGUCGGUGACCUCACUGAGGUCAAGGGUCAGACGAGUGGCAGUGUGUGGAGCUCCUACAGGAAGUCUUGUGUCAACACUGUGAUGAAGUGGCUGGUCCCAGAGAGUAGCUCUCGUUAUAUCAACCGCAUGACCAAUGAAGCCCUGCACAAAGGCUCCUCUCUGCAGGUCUUAGCUGACAGCGACCGCAGUACCUGGAUCGUACUAUGAGACACACACGUCAGUGGGAGCGGGCAGCAACGGGAGAACAUGGGUCGCACGUGGAGGGGCUCAGGACCAGAACCUGGGUCGCACGCGGAGGAGCUCCGGCUGACAGAAACACACACUGAAGACCUAUGAGCUGCUACGCUAGCAGCCUGGCCGUGUCAUGCCAUUCCCUGUGUAGUGAACUGGGUUUGACCAGGAGGAGGGGUUAGGGGCUGUGUUGUCAGGGCUCAUGGAGUGAUCCUCCCACCAACGGGAAUCUGGGCCUAGUUUUGUAGAAGUGAAGGGAUGUGGGAGAGGCAUUCGGUAUGUUUUCGUAUUGAGGUUCUGUUUGUUUUACAAUUGUGAAGUGUAACAAUUUGCAUCCCGUGAUUCAGAGCUGGACUGAACAAAGAUUGUUUGUUUCUUAGGUGUAUGUUUUAUUUCCGUGUCUAUUGUGAUUGUGUGUCUGUGUGAGCGCGUGUGAGCAAUGUGUGUAGCGAUAUGUGUUAAUGCAUAAAUUCUGCCACUGUUUUUGGACUGAAAGUCUGUUCUCCAGUCCAGUCUGAACCAGAUUUUGUCCUGUUUAUGUGUGUGUGUGUGUGUGUAUAUAUAUAUAUAUAUGUGUGUGUAUGUAACGCACAAACUAAACCAUAUUCUUCCGAUUACAGCAGGAUUUACAUAUUACUGGACCUAAUCCUGUUGUUAGCCUACAUUUCCUUUAGGUGCCGAUCUAGGGUCAGCCCCUCUUCUGUAUUCAUGUGUUUUUAUGUGAUGUGAGUUAGGGAUGUAAAAUUCUGGUACAUUUUCCCAAAGGCUCUUUUUUUCUUUCAUGGUUGAAGGAUUACAGAUGAUCUGCACAUUUCCUCGUUUCCGGCAUCUCCCACUUUUAAGAAAUCUAAGAGUUGGUGGUUUUCCACCCUUGACAGAGCAGAGGCUUAUGGGAAAUAAAGCUCAGUCGCCAGUUUCUGUAUCUGGCUGUAUUUUAAAGACUGGACGGAGAAUAUGCUUCACAUUAAUAUUUUUGAUAAAAAUAAACAAUUGAAAGUUU